AAAAGGAAAAGGUGACUUGGAUUGGAUUUAGGGCCCAAGACGAAGGCAGCGUCAGUUGCCUCUACCGCCCGCACGCACAACGGAUUCGUUCAGCGUUGGUAAAGCUUUGAGGUAAUUAUGGAACCAAUACAUGGGAAGAAGGUUGGACAUGAUGGUGUUAAAAUCGAGCUCCUUGGUCAGAUAGCUGUGCUUCAUUUUGCUUCAUGACUUCCAUUUUAGGCCUGCCAUUUGAUUAUACAGCUAGCUGCUGUUCAUGCCUUUUUAAUCUUUAAAAGUUUCAUAUAGUUUAGCCUGAAUCAAUCUAUAGUUUGUCGAUGAUGUAUAAUGCUGGAAAUCAUGAUCUCCGAAUCUAUACUCUAAAAGUUGUCCCCUAUUUGUGUUGAAGGGGAUAGCCCAGUAAUGUAAAAAUAAAUAAAUUGAGGAUAAUUUUGGGUACCUUUCGUUUCCGGAAGCUUCGUAGAAAUGAGCCUGGGUUUGGCUAACCCCUCCACUCUUCUUGCCUCUCCCUUCUUUCUUCUCUUCUCUUCUCUUCUCCCUUCCUUUUUCGUCGACCAAAAUUUUGCCCGAAUAGUCCAAGCCUUUCACUUGGUAAAUUGGAGUAUUCUGAGUAUUCUGGAGACCAAAAGAUCAGUCUCGACUGGGUGCAUGCAUCCUACUGGGUAUGCGUUUUGACGGUGGUGGAGGGAGACGGUCGGAAAAAUAAAAGAAAAAUGGAAAAGAAACGAGAAGGGAAAUCGAAUACCAGCGGUGGCUUGAACGGGUUCAAAAAAUCAGUCCCAAUCUGGCAUCCCAAUUGGUAUGGGUUUCGAUGCUAAUUGAACUCAUGCUGUUGAUGGUUCAUGAUGCAUCGAUCCUAUGUCCUGCAAAAAAGAUGCAAGGUGUUAUUAACUUCUUUGGCUGGAUAUGUAUUCUGAUAAACCAGAACACACAAGCAUUCCACAUAUUUAUGACUGCCCUUCUUCAGAACAUCAUACACAUUGUCAGAGAAGGAAGAAAAAGUGAUGCCAUCAAUGGUGUCAUCAGUGUUGAUGGGAUGGAGGUGAAGUAUGAUGCGGAGAUGGAGAAAAAAGAAGAGAAGAUGUUUGUAGGAUCUACAGGAACCAGGGAGAUGCAAAGAAUCCACUUCGAUACCCCUGCAGAGAAGAGGUAUACGUUUGUAGUGGCAGCAACAAGUUUGUCCACCUGGAUUGCCUUCUUCAGUGGCUCAGCCGCAGCAAUGCUCACCAAUGCGAGAUCCUUGAUGAAGCUGUUUCAAAGUGCAUUAGAUAUGGAACUAAUUUUAGGGCUUUUGUGUACAAGCACCACUGCAGGAACUGUUGGGAUAUUUUUGAGACAAUUGUAUCCAAAGUAAAAUCGCUCCAACUGCUAAUGAGAAUGCUCAACCAGUUAGGGAGGGUUUGCGACUGAUGCAUGGUAUGGUUAUUAAUCAAUUUCUAACCAUUUUUAUAGCAAAAUAGUUUCUGUGGUGCAUUGCCACGUUUAUGGUUUGUAAACCUUAUCAUGGAAGUUAGGCAUUAGUGUGUGGGAAUAGUCCAGAAUACCAAAGGCUUAUCGUACAGAUUGUAGGUAGACAUGGUUGAACACGUGGAGUAUGAUUUAAUCAAGGAAGGUCUAGAUGGAAAGCUAGUCAGAGUAAUGGAAGUCCUUGAGCAAGGGAAUAUUUCAGGGAAUUGAUUUUGCUUCUGCAACUCCCAUGGAGAAUAAUUUAUUUGACAGGGAAAUUUUCAAGUUUGAUUUUGAUAAUUCAUAUGGUAUGAACUUUAUGAAUUUCUGACUCGCAACUGAUCAUCAAGAAAAGUUGGGUUUUAACUUGGAUUAUCCAAAAAGAAUUCCUCACUUAGGAGAGGCAUUAUCAAAAUCCUUCUUAGCAAUUUUCUACGCUGUCAUUUGUUCUUUUAAUGAAAUACUUAUUACUUUUUUUUAGAUUGACUCAUAAUUUAGUCUUUAAAUGAAUCGAAAUCAAUUAGGAUGAGAAAUCAUGAUUGAGAUCAACUGGUUAAGAGCACACUAACCAUGAUAAUGGGAGGUGGAUUGAUAAAAAUACAAAAGAUAUUUGUAAAGGGUGAUGUUGAGAUGAGUAUAGCUAGUUAUAGAAGUUGAAAUCAUUGGACACCCUUUUUUUUUUUGUGAAAAUGGUCUAAAAAGAUUGAUACAUCCACUAAGAAAGUUGUUUGUGGGUUGAGAAGCACAAUACAACAAAGAAAAAUAAGAAGACAUUGCCCAUUAAGAAACCUACAAAGCUUAAUGGUUCAACAAAGUCUUUCAACAGCAAAAAAAUAAGAAAAAAGAUGGAAUUUCUCUGUCAUAAUCAUAAUGGGAUGUGGUUUUAAACCCCAUUUAGGAUUCCUUCUUUAAACCUUAUUUAGAUGGUUUUCUGUGUGUAAGUUGCUGGUAGGUAUUUCUUUUUGUCUUGAGCUGUUAGGUGUUUUUUCUUGUAUUAAGUUGUUGCUGAUGGAAAGCUUUACACUUUCGUACAGCUUUCUUUUGAAAGAUCAUAAUUAGUCUGUACAAAACUUUAUAUAUUUGUUGUGAUCCAAUCG